AUGCCCGCGCAAACACACAAGCCGAGCCCGGCAAAGCGCAAGGCCAAUGCCACCCCAGUCUCGACGCCACCGCAAAAGAAAAAGUCCGCUGCCAAGCCGUCGCCCGCCAAACGCGCCUCCAACAAUGACGACGACUUUAUCAUGACGCUCGACUCGGACGACGAGGUGGUCGAUCUCGAUGCUGUCAAUGCCGAUGCAGAUGCUGCUGACUCCGCCUCCGAGUCCGAACCCGACACACCUGCAGCCGACGAGAAGCUCACCAAGAACCAGCGCAAGCGCAAGGAGAAGGCGCAUCUGGCAGGCAAGGAAAAGAUCGUAGAGAGCGUCUCGGCACGCAACAACAACGGCGCUGCAGCUGCCAAGGACACAAUGGCGCUCGACAAGGAUUUUGAAUUCGACAUCUUUGGCGACGGCUCCGGCGCCGACUACCAGCGCGCCGAAUCCAACGGCUGGGACAUGUCCGUCAACGGCCACAGGAUGCACAAGAAGCUCAACGUCGACGACAUCAUCGAGAAGCGAAGAAAGACGCGCCCACAGAUCCAGCUGCCAGAGUCCGACGACGAAGAGUCGGAUGAUGCCUCGGACAAUGCUUCCGACGCGCUGGACGACGACAUCAAGUUCGCUGAGUUUGGCGAUAGCGAUGACGAAGACGACGAGGCAGACCACGACCGCUUCGGUGGCGGCAACGGCAAGAUCACCGGGGACGACGAGGAUGAUGACGAGGCAGCCGAGAUCGACAGCGAGGAGGAUCCGUUGAGCACCGACGACGAAGAGGCCUCAGACGACGACGACGAUGACGACAACGACCAAAUCCAGAACCAGGAUGACGUCGAGUCCAACUCGAGCGACGACGACUCGGACGAGGAGACCGAGCAGGAAAAGGCCAAGAAGGCCGCAUUCUUCGCCGACGAACCCUCCACCUCGGCCAAGGCCAAAGCGAGCGAUGCAGCCGAGUCGUCGUUUGCCAGCUUCUCGCUCUCGCGGCCGGUGCUGCGCGCUCUGUCGUCGCUCUCGUUCCACAAGCCCACGCCGAUCCAGUCGCGCACCAUCCCCAUUGCGCUUGCCGGCAAGGACAUCGUUGCGGGUGCCGUGACCGGUUCCGGUAAGACGGCGGCGUUCAUGAUCCCUGCCAUCGAGCGUCUCACGUGGCGUGCCAAGGGUCGGGCGCAAGAGGCCAAGUCGCGCGUGCUCAUCCUGGCGCCGACGCGCGAGCUGGCGAUCCAGUGCUACUCGGUGGGCAAGUCGAUCGCCAAGUUCACCGACAUCCGCUUCUGCCUCUGCGUCGGCGGGCUCUCGGUCAAGAGCCAGGAGGCGGAGCUGAAGCUGCGCCCCGAGGUGGUCAUUGCUACGCCCGGUAGGCUCAUCGACCACGUGCGCAAUUCGGCGAGCUUUACGCUCGAUGACAUCGAGAUCCUGGUCAUGGACGAGGCGGACCGCAUGCUGGAGGACGGAUUUGCGGACGAGCUCAACGAGAUCGUCAAGUCGUGUCCCAAGGGUGCGCGUCAGACCAUGCUCUUCUCGGCCACCAUGACGGACGAUGUGGAGCAGCUCGUAAGGCUGUCGCUCAAGCGGCCCGUGCGGCUGUUUGUCGACCCCAAGAGGACCACGGCCAAGAAGCUGGUGCAGGAGUUUGUGCGCGUGCGCGGCACGGGCACGGGCGGGGUUGCUGGCGCAGACGGUCUGGCUGGCGUGGGCGAAGAGGCGUCGACGUCCGCGCCUAAUGGGGGGAGGAGGAGCGAGGAUGCACAGCGACCGGCGCUGCUGCUCGCACUGUGCACACGCACCUUCACCAGCCAGGUCAUCAUCUUUGUGCGCUCCAAGAAGCUUGCGCACCAGCUCAAGAUCGUAUUCGGCCUGCUCGGCUUGUCGGCGGGUGAGCUGCAUGGCGAUCUGUCCCAGGAGCAGCGUAUCGAUGCGCUGACCGCCUUCCGCGAUGGCAAGGUGGACUUUCUGAUUGCCACCGACCUCGCCUCGCGCGGUCUCGACAUCAAGGGAGUACAGACGGUGAUCAACUACGAUAUGCCGGGCCAGUUCGAGGCGUACCUGCACCGCGUGGGUCGUACGGCGCGUGCGGGACGCAAUGGUCGUGCGGUGACGCUGGUGGGCGAAUCCGACCGACGCAUGCUCAAGCUCGCGAUCAAAAAGUCGAGUGCGGAUCAGAUCAAGCACCGCAUCAUCCCUGCCGAAGUAGCGGGCAAGAUGUUGGAGACUCUGGAGGAGCUCAAGCCGGAGGUGGAUGCGGUGCUGCGCGAGGAGAAGGAGGAGAAGGCGUUGCGGAUCGCCGAGAUGGAGCUCAAGAAGGGCGAGAAUAUGGUGGAGCAUGCGGACGAGAUCUUUGGCCGGCCCAAGCGCACGUGGUUCCAGACGGGCGCGGAUAAGGAUAAGGCUGCGACACUGUCCAAGGCGCAGUACGAGGCGACCAUGGAGGCCAAGAAGAAGGACCAACCGGCGAGAGACAAGUAUGCGGGGUUGAGCAGGAAGAAGCGUCGCAGCAAGAUGAUGCGCGAGGAGAUGGAGCGCGAAAAGCAAGAUGCGCGUGCCAGUGGCGGCGCCAAGACCGCUUCGGGUUCCAGCGUCAACGCCUCGGUCCGCGCAGCAAAGAAGGCGCAGCGUCCAACCAAGCUCGGCGUGGCUCCCGUCAAGGUCGCCAACGCCAAGGGUGCCAACGGCAAAGGCGGCAAGAAGGUCAAGAGCUCCUUUAGCCGCGAUCUCACCGACAAGAAGCGUCGUUAA